UAUAUAGAUAUACUAGAGAAAAUCUUGACCCUAGUUAUUAAGGGGGUUCUCCUAGUCUAUAGAACUAUACUAAUAGUAACUCUUUUUAGGGAUACUAGCCUGCUAUCUAUAAUAGUAGCCCUAGAGAAAGCAUGCCUGCACUUCAUACUUUAUUUCUAA